AGACCUGAGUGCCGUAAUGGUCGCUAUGGAAACCUGCUGACGUACUAUUUUUAAUCCUAGUUAGCAGAGUAGUAUGUAGUUUAGUAGGUUGUAUCGUAGUUGUGGAAUCCUAGUCGUGAGGAAGUCCCUCACGUGUGACGCACGCGAGAAAGAGCCGGAACUGUCACAGCGCGAGGACACACCACAUUCUCCAGCACAGAUGCGCGCGGACUGCGUGUGUUGAUCACGUCGUUACCUUUUUUUUAGACACGGCCAACUUCGCUGUUCCUCUAGGAUUAAACACAUAAGUGCGUUGUGUGUCUGUCAGUAGCGGAUCGAAUAGUGAAGAAAGUUAGAAAAGUAUCGCGCGGCAGGCAGAGAGAGGGAGAGUGUGUGUGUGCGUGCGUGCAUGCGUGCGUGCGUGUGUGAGUAAGAGAGCGCGCGCGAGCCAUGGGCACUUUGAGAGACCUUCAGUACGCGUUACAGGAGAAGAUCGAAGAGCUGAGACAGAGAGAUGCUCUCAUUGAUGAACUGGAGCUUGAACUGGACCAGAAAGACGAACUCAUUCAGAAACUACAGAACGAGUUGGAUAAAUACCGCUCCGUGAUCCGACCGGCGACUCAGCGCGUGCACAAGGAAAGAGACCUGCAGGAGCAGCAGCGCACCAAGAGGCAGGCGAUCUCCGCUGAGCCCACUGCUUUCGACAUCCAGGACCUGAGCCAUGUAACGCUACCCUUCUACCCCAAGAGUUCACAGUCCAAAGACUUGAUCAAAGAAGCCAUCUUAGACAAUGACUUCAUGAAGAACCUGGAGCUGUCCCAGAUCCAGGAGAUAGUGGACUGCAUGUAUCCAGUAGAAUAUGGCAAGGACAGCUGCAUCAUUAAAGAGGGUGACGUAGGGUCGCUCGUUUAUGUAAUGGAAGAUGGUAAAGUGGAGGUAACAAAAGAAGGCUUGAAGCUGUGCACUAUGGGGCCUGGGAAAGUGUUUGGAGAGCUUGCCAUUCUUUAUAAUUGCACACGAACGGCCACAGUGAAGACCCUAACCAAUGUGAAGUUAUGGGCCAUCGACAGGCAGUGCUUUCAGACCAUCAUGAUGAGGACCGGCCUGAUAAAACACGCAGAGUACAUGGAGUUUCUCAAAAGUGUUCCAACAUUCCAUAGUCUUCCAGAAGAAAUACUAAGCAAGCUGGCUGAUGUCCUCGAGGAGACGCAUUAUGAAGAGGGAGAUUAUAUAAUCAGACAGGGAGCCAGGGGAGACACCUUCUUCAUCAUUAGCAAAGGAAAGGUGACCGUGACCCGAGAGGACUCUGCCAGUCAGGAUACUAUGUACCUGCGCUCUUUGGUGAAGGGCGAUUGGUUCGGAGAGAAAGCCUUGCAAGGAGAGGACAUCAGGACAGCCAGCGUCAUUGCUGCAGAGACUGUUACAUGCCUUGUAAUUGACAGAGAAUCUUAUAAGCACCUACUAGGAGGUUUGGAGGAUGUGUCCAACAAAGGAUCAGAAGAUGCAGAGGCCAACGCAAAGUACGAUGCAGAGAAUGCCUUCUUCUUCAACCUGCACCUGUCAGACUUCAACAUCAUAGACACACUUGGAGUUGGGGGAUUUGGACGUGUCGAGUUGGUGCAGCUGAAGAGUGACGAGUAUAAGACAUUUGCUAUGAAGAUCCUUAAGAAGCGCCACAUUGUAGACACCAGACAACAGGAGCACAUCCGCUCAGAGAAACUCAUAAUGCAGGAAGCUCAUUCGGACUUCAUUGUCAGGCUAUACAGGACCUUUAAGGACAGUAAAUACUUGUAUAUGUUGAUGGAGGCGUGUCUGGGAGGGGAAUUAUGGACCAUCCUCAGAGACAGAGGUUCAUUUGAAGAUUCUACUACACGAUUUUACACGGCAUGUGUAGUGGAGGCUUUUGCCUAUCUGCAUUCCAAAGGCAUUAUUUACAGAGACCUCAAACCAGAAAACCUUAUACUGGACCACCGGGGCUAUGCCAAACUGGUGGACUUUGGCUUUGCUAAGAAGAUCGGAUUCGGGAAGAAGACUUGGACGUUCUGUGGUACACCAGAGUACGUAGCACCUGAGAUCAUUCUUAACAAAGGUCACGAUAUCUCAGCAGACUACUGGUCCUUAGGCAUCCUCAUGUAUGAACUACUAACAGGCAGCCCUCCUUUUUCUGGCCCUGACCCCAUGAAGACUUACAACAUCAUACUUAGAGGCAUUGACAUGAUUGAGUUUCCAAAGAAGAUUACAAAAAAUGCUGCCAAUCUCAUUAAAAAGCUAUGCAGGGACACUCCUUCUGAAAGAUUAGGAAAUCUGAAAAAUGGCGUCAAGGAUAUUCAAAAGCACAAGUGGUUUGAAGGCUUUAACUGGGAUGGAUUAAGGAAGGGAACGCUCACGCCUCCAAUCAUCCCUAAUGUCACAUCAGCUACAGACACAAGCAACUUUGACAGCUUUCCUGAGGACAAUGAGGACCCUCCUCCUGAUGAUAACUCUGGCUGGGAUAUAGAUUUCUAAAUCUGGACACUACAAGCAAAUCCACACUAAACUAAAGACCUGUUCCACUGUUGCCUGGAACAGAGCUGCUUCUUUUGGGACAGGCUGCAUUAAAAACCGCUUGAAGAGAGAGAGAGAGAGAGAGAGAGAGAGAGAGAGAGAGAGAGAGAGAGAGAGAGAGAGAGAGAGAGAGAGAGAGAGAGAGAGAGUGAGAACAGACCAAUUCGAGGGGAAAAAACAAUUAACUUUUUUGGUCUUGCAGGAGAGGAAUUAAAGUCCCCGUGGAUUUAUGGUACACUGGACUGCUUGUACAUCAGUCCUAAUGACAAGGGCAGGGUAAUAUAUUCAUAUUGUGUGUGUGUGUGUGUGUGUGUGUGUGUGUGUGUGUGUGUGUGUGUGUGUGUGUGUGUGUGUGUGUGCGUGUGUCUGUGUGCGUGUCUGUGUGUGUGUGUGUGUGUGUGUGUGUGUGCCUGCCACAAGCCCAUCUUAACAAAGGAUAUUGUGGAUAUGUUGUAGCAGGUUGUGACCUCAACUGUUUGCUUUUACUCCGUGAUUGGAAAGUCUUUUCUAACUCUUGUGCAGACUACUCAGUACAGUGUGCUGCACAAAACUAAAUUGAAACACUACACAUAAAGGUCAGGAAUCAGGGUGUCCAGACAGGCCUGUAAGUUAUGAUUACAGGUUAUUCCAAAACAUGUACAUAUUAAUAUAUUACCCUAAAAUGUUAUGCUUUAGCUGACGAGGCAGACAGCUGUAUAAUAAUGUAAGAAAUACAUUAUUACAUUAUUGUUGAGUAAAAGUGAAAGUUGAACAGUUUGUGAUGUUACCAGCCCAGUUUAUCACAGAUCCUAGUCUGCCUCAAAAUCUUGACAUUAUUAAUAUAAUAUGCCCAAGAAGCUCAUUGAAUUUAGGUAAUCUGCUUUAUUUAUAAUAUGAUACAGCCUAUUAUGCUGUGUUCACAUUACAAGAUUGAAGCUGGCCCAGUUUUUUUUUUUUUUUUUACUUAAAUGUGGCAUAAAUCUAUUUCUUUGAUCUUUUUUAGCAUAUUGAAUAUUACUUUAAAUUAUAAAAAUACAAAAAAGACAGAUCCUUUUAAAAAAUAUUUUAAAAAAAAAAUUAUUUUAAAGGUAUAUAACAUUAUGCAUGCACACUUCACUGCUGUCUCUGCUCUCACACCCACAGACCUGUCCACGCAGAUGUGACAGUACGAGAUGGGAAAAAGCGCAAAAGCUAUGCAGCAGGACAUUUUCUGCCUUCUUAAUCUUAUCAUGAACAGCCAACAAGCUGCCUGUUGAGCACAUGAGCAAAUAAACUUUGUGCUGAUUUGAUUGCCUUGAUAAUGAUGGAUCGUCAAAAAGAUUUAGUUUAUGUUUACAGAGCAUGAUGAUCAUUAUUGGGUCGGAAAAUGGUGUGUGAGUGCUUCAUGGUCUGAUUACAUUAAUGACAGAUACGGGUCACUAACUUACGAAUGUGAGCCAUCAAAGCUGAUCAGACCUAAGCAAAUAAAAAAAUUGAAUGAGCAAUAAGUCUUGUAAUGUGAACACAGCUGUAAGGCAAGGCUAAAGUGAGACAUAAUUGUUUGUCACCAGUAAGUAACCACUGUGAUCAGGCAGGUUUUUAACAGACCUCUGAAGUGAGCUUUGAGGAAGUGAGCUUUUAACAGCCUCAUAUCUGGGUGCAUCUAAUGAUAUGAUCAAAUAGCUUUAGAUGAAUUCAGGUGUUUCACAGAUACAACAUUUUACUUUAAAAUGUGCUGACCAUAAAAAGAAACAGUGCCUUAAGUCAAUGGCAUCCUAAUCCUCUCUAUUGAUCUGUGUGCUGCACCAAAGCCUCAACGCUCACCACAACAACACAACAAUCUCCUCUAAUACUGCAAGCAUAUUUUAGACAAUCUAUUGUGAAAAGUCACUUACCUUUUUUAACUUAACCUGCACACAGUUUGACACUGUGAAAUUGGACAGAGACACAGAAUUACAUGUUGCUAAGGCAUGAUAAUACUGAUGCCUCAGUAUUUUUUUGUGGCUUGACUGGCAGCAUAGAUGAAAACUAAUAGCACUGCAUUAUCUGUUUCAUCCUGUUUGUGAAUUUGUACUGAGCUCCCGAUGCUGAAUAUUAUACCAUAUAGCAUACCAUGUCUUAUGAAGCUGCAUUGAAGUGCCCUCCUCAUCCAAGUCCUCCCUUCUCUACUUACUGAUCUGACAUAGUCACUGCAACUAAUCCAAGAGGAGACGGCAAUUAUGAUUUGCAGUAAAUUGCAUCUAAUGCUUACUAUAAAGCCCAAAAUGGACACAAUAUAAAUCUAUGGCAUUAUUCAUCAAUUUUUUAUUUUUUUUUAAACAAGUUUUUUAAAUACGUUUUUUAAAACGUAUGGUUUCUUUGGUUGUUUUGACUGCCAGUGUUUGGCAAGGACAUGAUUCAUCUGUUAAAUAUCAGCAGUGUGAUUUCUACCUACUUGAAAAUGUUCCAGCCCUGUAUAAGGAUUGUAAUAUUGUACAUGCUCAUCAUAUUAAUUACACAUUAAUUAUAAAGCUGUUCAGCCCUAGCAGGCAUUAGCAAUGGUAUUGAAAAACAUUAAUAUAUAAUGCCUUAGAUUAUUAAAUAUUUGACAUUUCUUCAUGUAGUAAAAGAACCCGUCUUAAGUGUCUUAACUCUUUCGAAUGCCUUUACUGUCCAAAUCUGCAUCACAUUUUUUUCUUUCUUUCUUUUUUUCUUUCUUUCUUUUUGCCAAAAUGUUUAUUUUAUAUGACUGUAUUCUGAGGUCCUUGUAGUGCAUUGCCACUUGGAGAGUGGCUGCUGUUAACUUUAUAAAGCUGAAAUAAAGACAAAUUACUUUUAA